CCGGGCAGCUCUGGCCCGGGAGGGCCGCCUCUGCCGAGGUCGUUUUCCCCCGCAGGAUGCAUGCAGCAGGGCCGUGAGGGGACGGGGAGCUCCAGGUGCUCCAGGCAUCGCUAUCGCAGGGUGUGGCCGCUGGGGAAGCCGCCUUUCCAAAACCCGCUCCGGCCAAAAAGUGUUGGAAAGGCAUACAGGGGUGGUGCAGGAAAGCACAGAUAAAAAUGGAAAAAAGGCACCUUUCCAGGCUGACAGUGCUGCCUAAUGCCACAGCAGCCACGCAGAUGGAAGCAUUUCUGCUUGGUGUUAUCCUCUUUGGUGUGCCCACAGGAAAUUUACUGCCCCUUCACUUGCCCAUCUAAAAUACGCAAUUUCUUGCAUACUACAGCUGCUCAGCAUGUCUUGGCUGCUCCAGAUCUGCACACUCUGACCAUGAGCAGCAAUUCCUCCCUCAGCAAUGGGAAGGGCCUGAGGAACCUGACCACAGAGGAAGAUGGGGCAGUCAGAGUCACCGAGUCCAUUGCGAUAAUUGUCAUUGCCAUCUUCAUCUGUUUGGGCAACCUGGUGAUUGUUGUUACUCUGUAUCGCAAGUCGUACCUUCUCACCUUAAGCAACAAAUUUGUGUUCAGCCUGACCCUCUCCAACUUUCUACUCUCCGUGCUGGUGCUGCCUUUUGUUGUGACCAGCUCCAUCAGGCGAGAAUGGAUCUUUGGGGUUGUUUGGUGCAAUUUCUCAGCCCUGCUCUACAUGCUGAUCAGCUCAGCCAGCAUGCUCACUUUGGGACUCAUAGCUAUAGACCGGUACUACGCUGUGCUGUACCCUAUGGUUUAUCCAAUGAAGAUAACGGGCAACAGAGCAGUGGUAGCUCUUGUGUACGUGUGGCUGCAUUCCCUUAUUGGCUGCCUCCCUCCCCUUUUCGGCUGGUCCUCCUUGGAGUUUGACCAAUUCAAGUGGAUGUGUGUGGCAGCCUGGCACAAGGAGGCUGCCUACACGGCCUUUUGGCAGAUCUGGUGCGCGCUGCUGCCGUUCGUGGUCAUGAUGAUCUGCUAUGGAUUCAUAUUCCGUGUGGCAAGGAUUAAGGCCCGCAAAAUUCACUGUGGGAGUGUUGUCAUUGUGGAGGAGGACUCACAGAGGAACGGGAGGAAGAACUCCAGCACCUCCACGUCUUCCUCUGGCAGCCGAAGGAAUGCUUUCCAAGGGGUUGUUUACUCAGCCAACCAGUGCAAAGCUUUCAUAACCAUCUUGGUUGUCAUUGGGGCUUUCGUCAUUACGUGGGGACCUUACAUGGUAGUAAUAACAUCAGAGGCACUUUGGGGUAAAAACAGUAUUUCCCCUGCUUUGGAGACGUUGGCUACAUGGCUGUCCUUUUCCAGUGCCAUUUGCCAUCCACUAAUUUAUGGGCUGUGGAACAAAACAGUGCGCAAGGAACUCCUGGGAAUGUGCUUUGGGGAUCGGUAUUACCGCAAGUCCUUUGUUCAGCGGCACAGGACAUCAAGGCUCUUCAGCAUUUCCAACAGGAUCACAGAUUUGGGUCUAUCUCCUCACCUUACUGCCCUCAUGGCAGGUGGGAGGCCACUGGGAAACAGCAGCAGCACAGGAGACACAGGUUUCAGCUGCUCACAGGAUUCAGGAACAGAUACAAUGCUUCUUGAAGAUUAUGGCUCAGAUAGCCCUCAUGCCCCACCCUGCAUCUGUCCCCCUCGAAGGAGGAGUUCAGUGACAUUUGAAGAUGAAGUGGAACAAAUUAAAGAGGCUGCAAAGAAUACUGUUCUUCAUGUAAAAGCUGAAGUUCAUAAAUCUCUGGACAGUUAUGCAGCCAGUCUGGCCCGAGCUAUAGAAGCUGAUGUGAAACUCAGCCUGUUUGGGGAAGAUGCUUUACCAGGAGCCCUGUUCCCCUCAUGGACUCUGGCAGGAAGCAGUGGGUACACCCGGCGUGGUGCCAGACCCCAUGCCAGCCAAAGACUGAAGUUGCAGAGCAUCGAUGAAGGGAACAUUUGACACAAGCACUGGAGUGGGAAAACAGAAUGAAACCACUAAGCAGGGCCUACUGCAGCUGGUAGUGUUUCACCAGAACCAGGACACCUUCUCAGGAUGUUUCCAAUGUUUUUUUCACAUGGAAACAGUUGGGUUCUGGUACUUGCAUUAGCAUUUUACAGCAGUGUUUGUUUACUGGUUGGGGCGCAGUUGACUCUUCUGCCACAUCAUUAUCACACAGCACAUAGGAAUGCAGGGCUUGGUUUCGUUGACCACCUCAUUAGUCAGUUGAAUCUUGGGUCCAUUGGCCAAAGCUGAUACAGGAACAAAACAGAAAAGGUAUGUGCAGUGUUCAUUGUUACAUCCAUCGUCUUCUGACCACCAGGAAAAUCAGCUGGUACUUGAUAGCUGGAGUGCUCUGAUAGGAGCUUGUGCAUUGGAUAAGACAUAAACCCUUACUCCCAGCUGAGCAACAUGGACUUUGCUAAGGACAAAACCUGAACUUUUCCGAGAGCUCAUGCAGAUUAUGGUGCUAUUUACCUUUGCUGGGGGAUAUUUCUGUCUGUUCAGCCAUCAGAAUGCCAGAUCUGACAUUGGAGUGUGUUUUUCUUCAGUGGCAUGGGACACCAGCUCCUCUGUAAUGAAUGGGAGUAAACAACUCCUCUGUAAUGAAUGGGAGUAAACAUGUGCUGGGAACGGCACAGAGGUGGGAUUUGAGGAAAUCAUUAGUGCAGAAUUCUUGGUUUCAGCUCAUGUUUUGCUGUUAUUAAAAGGACACUGUGUCUGUGUUAAACCUGACAGAAUAUAAAUAUUAUCACUUCAUAUUCAGGAUUCAUCUUCUAGAGAGAAGAGAGUUAGCUGUUUUUGUUUUUUUUAUUAAUUAUGAGGGAAUGUAGUAUUUAAGCUGUAGUUACCUCAGUGCUUCUAUUGCUUGGAGUAUUAAUUCAUUAAUCUCAAAAAUAAGAACAUUUGGCACUUAUAUUGCACUUUGCAUGUUCUUAAGCACUGUACAGACAUUACCUUGUUAGGCCUUUGUGAGAGGGUUGAUCAGCCCUGCUUGCCAAAGAAGGGGAACUCAGCACAGCCAAGCUGCUGGCAGGCAGUGAAACAAGCUACAAAGGUGGCAAGUUUUGUAAGGAAAAGAGGGAUGAGGUGGAUCAUUUGAGUAUAUCCAGCUUGAAGAACCUUUCCAUGCCUUCGUGGACUACCCCCUUCCUUACUUUGUGGGGUUAAAGCCCUGCCUUACUCUGUAUGUCAGAGAGGAGACAUAAGUGAGCAGGAUAAUUCCUUGGGGGUGGGUGUCAGUGGCAAACGGACUUAAGGACCAAGGGUUUGCAUUUGUUUACUCUGUGUCUGCUCCUCUGUGCCUCUACCUUUCCCCAGAAGUGCUUUGUAUGAGGUUUUGCUGCAGAUUGUUUGGAAAUCAGGAGCAGGAUGUUUCCAUCUGGGUAAAAAUGGAGUGUACACUCAUUAAGUUUUGUCUUUGUAUGACUUACUCAGAGGCACAGAAGCAAAGUGUUGUGUGGCAGAGCCUUGGUCCAGUACUGUAUUUAGACAUCCUAUUUGUCUUUGUUCCUUACUCAGAGGUGUAUUUCAGCACAAGCUUAUAUCCAUCUCUGGACAAAGCAACUUGACUUUCUGAACAAGCCUGAAUCCCAUUGCCUUCCCAUGUAAAAUAUAACUGCAUGCCUAAAAUUCA